UCAGGACCCGGGAUUUUCAGUUCGCUCGUCGAAAGUGUCGGUGUCUGUCAGCAGCUUCUAUACCUGGUGAAUCCUCUUCGUCGAACGACCGAGUCCACGAAAGCUCUUUAACGACGUUGGAAACAUUUUUCCUCUUUGAAACUCGCGUCAAAGGAAGUUAUUAGGAUGAGCACGAUGAACACGGCGACGUUGUGUUUUCUACUGGUCGUAACUGGUGUCACCGCUCUCUCCAUCGACUCGAAUCCUGAAUACGUGAAACAGUGUUCGAGAAGCGAUCCAAAGCUAAAAACAUGUUUGAUCGAUGCGUUACACCAUUUGAGACCGUAUUUGAGUGUCGGAAUACCGGAAAUCGAGCUGCCUUCCGUCGAACCAUUUCGCAUGGACGAGCUGACUCUCUCCCUGACAGGUGGUACAAACGGUUACAAGGUUCAACUGCGUGAACUGUUCGUAAAGGGAGCGAGCAACUAUACCGUGGAAGACAUCAAACUCGGCUCACCCUUCGAAGCCAUUGUACGAAUGCCAGCCCUCAUCUUGGACGCGCAUUAUUCCAGUUCAGGUGUGUUAAUUAUCUUACCAGCCAGUGGCAAUGGAACGUUCCACGCGCGGUUCGACGAUGUCAGAGCUCUGGUCAAAGGCACCGUUUCGACGAAAGAAAGGGAUGGUAAAACGUACCUUAACGUGGACAACCUCGACGUUGUUCUGGAAGUGAAGAACGUGAAUAUGAGGGUCCGAAAGAUUUUUAAUAACAAUCGAAUCCUUACCGAGGCAACCAACCUGUUCCUCCGCGAAAACGGACAGGAAGUUUUAAAAGUGAUGGAGCCGCAGUUGAAAAGGAAGCUGUCCGUACUGUUCGCUGGAAUCGUUAAUCAAUUGUUACGUCACGUGCCAGUCGAAGUUUUCCUACUGCCUUGAAUUUCGCAUUUUUUCUCGGAAAAACGAAACAUACGAUUAAGAAACAAAAAAAUGUAAGAAAACGACAAAUAGUCCAAAUUAGUGCGUUUCACUGAGGGUUACGAUACAGUAACGAGUAACUUAAUAAUAACUUGGAGUAGAACAAGAUAAACAAGGAACAGUAUUGUUACGACGUUUAGUUUAAUUCGUUUCAGCGCAACUGAUAGUAUAAGGUUGAUUUUAUUGUAGAGAAGGCAACAAAAUAUAUGUAUAUUGUAUAUAUUUAUAAAAGCGUA